AUGACUGGCUCAUCUUUCGUUUCGGCCCUCGCCGCAGGCCUCGCCCUGGCCUCCACCGCCGUCGCCCUCCCUGCCGGUACCCAGCAGGAGAGCAGCUUCUCCGUCGAGCAGGUCCGCAACCCCCGCUACGUCCGCUCCGGUCCCCUCGCCCUGGCCAAGGCCUACCGCAAGUUCAAGGUUCCUCUUCCCCAGGACCUUGCCAACGUCGUCGCCAACAUCACCGCCGCCGGCGUCGGCAAGCGCGCCACCGGCAGCGUUACCACCACCCCUGCCGAGUUCGACGUCGAGUACCUGAGCCCCGUCCAGAUCGGUACCCCGGCCCAGACCCUCACCCUCGACUUUGACACCGGCUCUUCCGACCUCUGGGUCUUCUCCACCUUGACCCCGUCCAGCGAGCGCAACGGUCAGACCGUCUACGACCCGAGCAAGUCCACCACCGCUUCCCGCCUCUCCGGCGCCUCCUGGUCCAUCUCCUACGGCGACGGUUCAAGCUCCAGCGGUGUCGUCUACAAAGACACCGUCAGCGUCGGCGGCCUGUCCGUUACCGGCCAGGCUGUCGAGGCCGCUCAGACCGUCUCGGAAUCGUUCAGCGAAGAGAGCGACCUGGACGGUCUUCUAGGUCUUGCUUUCAGCAGCAUCAACACUGUCGAGCCCAAACAACAGACCACCUUCUUCGACACUGCCAAGUCCAAGCUGAGCUCGCCGGUCUUCACCGCAGACCUGAAGCACAACCAGCCCGGCAAGUACAACUUUGGUUACAUUGACAGCUCGGCCUACACCGGCUCCAUUGCCUACACCCCGGUCGACAACAGCCAGGGCUUCUGGGGAUUCACCUCGUCCGGCUACCAGGUCGGCUCCAACAGCUUCGUCAGCAAGUCCGUCAGCGGCAUCGCUGACACCGGCACCACCCUCCUCCUCCUCCCCGACUCUAUCGUCAAGGCCUACUACAGCAAGAUCAGCGGUGCCAAGUACGACUCUUCCCAGGGGGGCUACGUUUUCCCCUGCAAGACCACCCCCCCGUCCUUCACCUUCGGUGUCGGCAGCGCCCGCGUCACCAUCCCCGGCUCGUACAUGAACUUCGAGGCUGUCACCACCAGCUCUUGCUACGGUGGCCUCCAGAGCAACUCCGACAUCGGUUUCUCUAUCUUCGGUGACGUUGCCCUCAAGGCCGCUUUCGUUGUCUUCAACGGCGGCACCAACCAGCUCGGCUGGGCUGCCAAGACUCUCUCCUAG